UAAUGACCGCCUGCGAAUGGAAAGAAAUACUGACGGGAUUAGAAUACGUUUUUCUGUUUCGUUUUGUUGUAUUAUUUACUCUAAGGUCUUUGUGUAAUUAAUACUUCACAGUUGUUACUUGAUUAAGCUUACACUUGCUUUGAUGAUAAACUGAGGCGCUGAAGCGGAAGUGGCUGAUCCUGGAUCCUGCUUUGCGCUCCGGCCGUCGCCUCCGCCAGGGCGGCACACGCGGGGGAGGGAGCACCAGGGGCGGAGGAGAAACCGCGCACACAUACACACACACGCAAAAUGGGGGGCUCGGACUCCAAGCUCAACUUCAGGAAGGCGGUAAUACAGCUGACGACGAAAACGCAGCCUGUCGAGGCGACGGACGAUGCUUUCUGGGAUCAGUUCUGGGCUGAUACGAUCACCACUGUCCAGGAUGUGUUUGCGCUGGUCCCUGCUGCUGAAAUACGGGCAGUCCGUGAAGAGUCUCCCUCAAAUUUGGCCACACUCUGCUAUAAGGCUGUGGAGAAGCUGGUCCAGGGGGCGGAGUCUGGCUGCCUCUCGGAGAAGGAGAAGCAGAUCGUCUUGAACUGCGCCCGGCUGCUCACACGCAUCCUACCCUACAUCUUUGAGGACCCUGAUUGGAGAGGGUUCUUCUGGUCCACUGUGCCUGGAGCCGGCCGGGACGGGGCCGACGGCGAUGCUGACGAUGACGGAGCCCGACCGCUCGCCGAGCUGCUGCUCCUGGCCGUCGCCGACCUGCUUUUCUGCCCCGACUUCACCGUGCAUAGCCACAGGAGGGGGGCGCUGGACACUGCAGAGGACAUCCAGACCCUGGACAGCUGUGAGUACAUCUGGGAGGCCGGGGUGGGCUUCGCCCAGUCGCCCCCCCUCAACUACAUCCACGACCUCAACAGGACAGAGCUGUUGAAGUUGCUGCUCACCUGCUUCUCUGAGGCCAUGUAUCUCCCUCCAUCUUCGGAAAACAACAUCCUCAACCCCUGGGUGACCUUCUUUUGCUCCACGGACAACAGGCAUGCCCUGCCCCUCUUCACCUCCCUCCUCAACGUGGUGUGUGCCUACGACCCCGUGGGAUAUGGCAUCCCCUACAACCACCUGCUCUUCUCCGACUACCGUGAGCAGCUGGUGGAGCACGCCGUGCAGAUCCUCAUCGUGACCCUGGAGCAUGAGGGUGGGGCAGCCCCCGGCCACAGUCAGGCCCUGGACUCCACGGGCUCGCCCGCUAGCCUGGACGACCAGGACUUCGUGGGCCCAGACAACCUGUUUGUGAACUACCUGUCUAGGAUCCACAGGGAGGAGGAUUUUGGCUUCAUCCUGAAGGGUCUAGCCCGCCUGCUGACCAACCCACUGAUUCAGACCUACUUGCCCAACUCCACCAAAAAGAUCCAGUUCCACCAGGAGCUCCUGGUGCUCUUCUGGAAGCUGUGUGACUUCAACAAGAAAUUCCUCUUCUUCGUCCUGAAGAGCAGUGACGUGCUGGAUGUCCUGGUACCCAUCCUGUACUACCUGAACGACGCCCGAGCUGACCAGUCUCGCGUGGGCCUGAUGCACAUCGGCGUCUUCAUCCUACUGCUGCUGAGCGGUGAGAGGAACUUUGGCGUUCGGCUCAACAAGCCCUACACGGUGCGCGUGCCCAUGGACAUCCCCGUCUUCACGGGCACCCACGCUGAUCUCCUCAUCGUGGUUUUCCACAAAAUCAUCACAAGCGGACACCAGCGUCUGCAGCCACUCUUUGAUUGCCUGCUCACCAUUGUUGUGAACGUCUCGCCCUACCUGAAGAGUCUGUCCAUGGUGGCAGCCAACAAGCUCCUGCACCUUCUAGAAGCCUUCUCCACGCCCUGGUUUCUGUUCUCUGUCUCGCAGAACCAUCACCUGGUCUUCUUCCUGCUGGAGGUCUUCAACAACAUCAUUCAGUACCAGUUUGAUGGCAACUGUAACCUGGUGUACGCCAUCAUCCGCAAGCGGGCCGUCUUCCACCAGCUGGCCAACCUGCCGUCAGACUCCGGCUCCAUCCAGAAGGCUCUGCAGCGCAAGAAGCGCUCGCCUGAGGCCAUCUCGCGCACCAACUCGCAGGAGACCGUGUCCAUGGAGGGCUCGCGACCCGCGGCCCCCGCUGAGCCCGGCACGGUGAAGACCAGCCUGGCUGCCACCCCGGGCAUUGACAAGCUGACUGAGAAGUCGCAGGUGUCCGAGGAUGGCACCAUGGUCUCCGUACAGCACACCCCGUCGGACCACAGUGACACGGAAUCCAACUCGGGAAGGGAUAACGAGGACGUGUUUUACACAGAGGCCGAAACGGCCCGGAGGCGUCUGUCCAGUGUGUCCUCGGUCUCAAGCUGGACCCCCACCCCAGAAUGGGUGCUCUCCUGGAAGACCAAACUCCCUCUGCAGACAAUCAUGCGCCUGCUCCAGGUCCUGGUGCCCCAAGUGGAGAAGAUCUGCAUUGACAAGGGCCUGACGGACGAGUCGGAGAUCCUGAAGUUCCUGCAGCAUGGCACUCUGGUGGGCCUCCUGCCUGUCCCCCACCCCAUCCUGAUCCGAAAGUACCAGGCCAACGCCGGUACUGCCAUGUGGUUUCGCACUUACAUGUGGGGUGUGAUCUACCUGCGUAAUGUGGACCCCCCCAUCUGGUAUGACACGGAUGUCCGACUCUUUGAGAUCCAGAGAGUGUAGGUUUGCCGAUGAGAAAAGAGGAGAUGCCAGGACACUGCGUGGUACUUUAUUAUUUGCCCUCCCAGCUCUGCUCCCCCAUGACCACCAACAGUCGGCAUUUGCUUUGCCCACAAAGCCCACCUCCAGUACUUCUCCCGGUCUGAGGAGGAAGAGGGAGGAGAAAGAACCGGAGGAUGGAGGCUAUGCUGUGUGUUUGUCUGUUUUUCCAAUUCAAUUUAGCAUUCCUGCUGCCCGCACCUCUAGCAUUAACCUCCACAGUAAACAGACCCAGAGGCGGAUGGCCCCUUUGCCUGUUUCCAAGACAACCAGGCAAUGAAUAUCACAUGAUCUUGUGCAGGUUCCUGAAGGACACCUGACUGCCAGGUGUUCUGUGAGGUGGCUUCUGCCACCUGGUAAAUCGGAUAUAUACACGGUGAAGCUUUUCCUUUCCUUUUCUGAAAGUUAAAAAUAGCUAUUGUUUUAGGUAUCUGGUGGGAGGGGGUCUUCUGUUUUUCUUUUCUUUUGAAUAAUUUUUGUCAGUGUGUUUGCCGAGCCUGUGGGAGUCGCCCUCUCCCACCUCAGGGCACUAGUUACAUGGCGUUGCUGAAGUAUCCUGUCAAAGCAGAUGCGUGCGGUUUUCUUGCGUGACCAAAAACGGUCACUUGCCAGCAAUUCAGGGGUUAAAUAUCCUGACAGGUAACGAAAAACAUCCCGGCUGCCGCAUUUAUCGAUGUUUCUUCCCUCUUUCAUUUUCCUGUGACUGGCUUUUCUUUUUUUUAUCCCCCUAAAUAAAACAAGUCUGUUUAUGGACGACAAAAGGUACAAGAUGGAAGGAAGUCGUGUGAAAGCUGGGCUUCCUCACGACGGAUCCUGUGGAUGCUGUUUGAGGGGCAUCCAGUGUUACUACAGGGUCCAAUGGGAGGUAGUUUCUGUAGCAGGGAAGUGACGGCACCUGACUGUCCCAGUCGGGGAUGGGUGGGGGCGUCUGUCAUCGGGGGGGGGGGGGGGUCUCCCCUGAUGGUGUCAGACCAGUGUCUCGCUUUGUGAUGUUAUAAUGCCAGUAUAUCAAUGUGGCUCAUACAGUCUAAUAUAUAUGUAUGUAUACAGAAUGAGAUAUAAUUUGUGGUUUCUGUUUGAAUGAGUAUUUUUCUGUCUGAAAGAUAUGUAGAGUAUAUUAUAAAAUAAACCCUUUAUAAAUGAA